AUGCCUAUGCUUGCCGACCCAUCACAGCGGUAUAAGCCGUUCCGACCUACUCCCUACCCUGCCCGGACAUGGCCAAAUAAGGAGAACACCACUGCUCCUAUCUGGCUCAGUACAGAUCUGCGGGAUGGGAACCAGUCUCUAGCCAAUCCCAUGUCGAAUGCCCAAAAGAUGCGGUUCUUUCGCCAUCUCUGCCAGAUUGGCUUCAAGGAGAUUGAAGUCUCGUACCCUGCUGCGUCCGAGCUGGACUUUGCAUUCUGCCGGGAGCUGCUGGAUGAGAAGGAGAUCCCGGAUGACGUGUGGAUUCAGGUCCUCACGCCAGCUCGGGAAGACCUGAUCAGACGCACGUUCGAAGCUGUCGCGGGGAUGAAGCACGUCAUUAUCCACAUGUACAACGCUACGUCUUGUCUGUUCCGAGAGGUUGUGUUCAACAACAACAGGGAGGAGACAAUACAGCUUGCGGUAUCGCAUACCAAGCUGGUCCGGGAGCUGGCAGAGCAAUAUGCUAAAUCUCAUGGAACGACUUUCCGGUACGAAUACUCGCCCGAGACCUUUUCGCAGACAGAGACCGAGUACGCGGUGGAGGUGUGCGAAGCGGUCAAGAAGACAUGGUUUGCGGGCAAGGGAAGUGUAUGGGCGGACGGCAGGAACGAGGAGCGGAUCAUCUUUAAUCUUCCCGCAACGGUCGAGAUCUUCACACCCAAUAUCCUUGCGGACCAAAUCGAACACUUUAUCAGCCUCCUCACUGAAAGGGAAAAGUGCAUCAUCUCCCUGCACACACACAACGACCGAGGAUGUGCCGUUGCCGCCGCCGAGCUCGGUCGUCUAGCCGGCGCGGACCGAAUCGAAGGCACCAUCCUCGGGAACGGAGAACGGACCGGAAACGUCGACCUCGUCACGCUGGGAAUGAACCUAUACUCUCAGGGCUACGCGCCAAACCUCGACUUUUCCGACAUGUUCUCCAUCAUCGACACGGUCACGGAAUGCACCGGCCUCCCAGUCCACCCUAGACAUCCUUACGCCGGCGAGCUGGUUUUUACCGCGUUCUCCGGGAGUCAUCAGGAUGCCAUCAAGAAGGGAUUCGAGGCGCAGCAAAAGCGCGAGGCGCAGGGAGAUGUGCGGUGGGAUGUACCCUAUCUGCCCAUCGACCCGGCAGAUGUGGGGUGCACGUACGAGGCGGUCAUUCGGGUCAACUCGCAAUCUGGAAAGGGAGGUAUCGCCUACAUCAUCAAGCAGGUCUUGUCGCUGGACAUGCCCCGGAGAAUGCAAAUCUCAUUCUACCGGGUCAUCCAGGAGCUGUCGGAAAAGACUGGCAAGGAGAUCACCUCAAAAGACAUCACCACUGCCUUCCGUCAAACAUACCACCUCGGCGGCUCCAUAUAUGACGGCCGGAUCGUCCUCAAAUCCUUCAUCACUCGCGACGUCCAGCCAUCCGGCGAUGCUACCCCAGAAAGGUCCCCAUCCCGCAACUCACACCGUAUCGCCAACCUCGCCCUCAGCAUUGACCGGCUGGACCGGGUCGAUAGCCCGGACCGCAACAACGGUGCCGACCUCCACCAAACCCCCAAGCGCCUCACGGCCAAGGUCCUCAUUGACGGAAGUCUCCGCGAGAUUUCCGGAGAAGGGAAUGGCCCGCUCUCUUCCCUCCUGGACGCCCUGCAAGGGGAUCUGGGAAUCAACCUGUCCAUUCGGGAAUACACCGAGCAUGGUGUGGGCGCUGGGUCAGACGUCAAGGCUGCGACCUACGUCGAGCUCAUCCCGAGUGAUGCGGAUCCUAAAAACAAGACCAAGGGCGGGUUCUGGGGUGUCGGGGUGGAUGCGGACAUUACGGCGUCGGGUCUCAAGGCGGUGAUGAGCGCGGCGAAUGGGUAUGCGGCCGCGGUGGACCUGGAUUUUGAUUAG